UGCAAUAAAAAUAGACCAGAGAGAAUCCAUGUCGCGGUUGCUCUGUCGGUCCCCAAUCUAAGGUGAGCACAAUUCGCGACCUGUAAAUGAAGAAAUGAUUGAUUGCUCAUUGCGUCGAUUCCCGUAAGUUUGUACUGAAUUUGGAUCGUAGCUGGGGAGAACGAUAAAUGUUAGGGCUGAGUUGAAUUCUUGGAGUUGGGAGGUGUGUGUGGUUUAUUGUUGGAAGAAAGCGUAUUUUGAGAAGGAAUGAAGGCUGGGAGUGCGGCGAAGCUGAUUGUUGAUGCGCUGCUGCAGCGGUUUCUUCCUCUGGCCAGGCGUCGAAUUGAAACUGCUCAAGUUCAGGAUGGGCAAUAUCUUCGGCCAUCGGAUCCAGCUUAUGAGCAAGUAUUAGAUUCUUUAGCUAUGGUGGCACGCCAUACGCCUGUGCCUUUAUUGGAAGCUCUUUCAAGAUGGAGAGAAAGUGAAUCUCCGAAAGGCGCACAUGAUGCAUCAACUUUUCAACGAAAGCUGGCAGUAGAAUGCAUAUUUUGUUCAGCAUGUAUUCGAUUUGUGGAGUGCUGCCCACAAGAAGGACUUACAGAAAAACUGUGGAUUGGACUUGAGAAUUUUGUCUUCGACUGGCUAAUAAAUGCAGACAGGGUUGUUAGCCAAGUUGAAUAUCCAUCCCUUGUUGAUUUGAGAGGCCUUCUUUUGGACCUAGUAGCACAGCUUCUUGGGGCUCUGUCAAGCAUCAGAUUUAGCUCUGUCACCGAGCGCUUCUUCAUGGAGCUCAAUACUCGCCGAAUUGAUACGAGUGGUGCACGAAGUGAAACACUCAGCAUUAUCAAUGGGAUGCGCUACCUCAAGCUUGGGGUUAAAACAGAAGGUAGUCUGAAUGCUUCUGCCUCCUUUGUUGCUAAAGCCAACCCUCUAAAUCGUGCUCCCCACAAGCGUAAAAGUGAACUUCACCAUGCACUAUGCAACAUGCUUUCAAAUGUAUUAGCUCCACUUGCGGAUGGUGGAAAAAGUCUGUGGCCUCCUUCUGGUGUUGAACCUGCACUUACCUUUUGGUAUGAAGCUGUUGCACGUAUAAGGGGACAACUGAUGCACUGGAUGGAUAAGCAGAAUAAACAUAUAGUUGUUGGCUACCCAUUGGUGACUCUUCUCCUAUGUCUUGGGGACCCUAAUGUUUUCCUCAGUAAUUUCGGUCCUCAUAUGGAGCAAUUGUACAAACAUCUGCGAGAUAAGAACCACCGCUUCAUGGCCUUAGAUUGUCUACACCGAGUUCUGAAAUUUUACUUGAGUGUCCAUGGUGAAAGACAGCCACCAAAUCGUGUAUGGGAUUACCUAGACAGUGUUACCUCUCAACUUCUGACAUUCCUUAGGAAAGGAAUGCUCACUCAAGAUGUUCAGCAUGACAAACUAGUGGAAUUUUGUGUGACAAUUGCGGAGCAUAAUCUUGAUUUUGCAAUGAACCACACGAUACUGGAACUGCUGAAGCAAGAUAGUCCAGAAGCAAAGGUCAUCGGUCUUCGUGCAUUGCUUGCCAUUGUUAUGUCUCCUACUAGCGAGCAUGUUGGCUUGGAAAUUCUUCAUGCUCAUAACCUUGGUCAUUACAUUCCAAAAGUUAAGGCAGCAAUUGAAGCUAUUUUGAGAUCUUGUCAUAGAACCUACAGUCUGGCUCUUCUUACUUCAUCAAGGACCACUAUAGAUUCUAUUACAAAAGAAAAGUCUCAAGGGUAUCUUUUUCGCUCGGUGCUGAAGUGCAUCCCAUAUCUGAUUGAAGAAGUAGGCCGGAGUGAUAAGAUUACUGAAAUAAUCCCCCAACAUUGUAUUAGCAUUGAUCCUGGUGUUCGUGAGGAAGCUGUGCAGGUUCUGAACCGCAUUGUCAGAUAUCUUCCUCAUCGCCGCUUUGCAGUUAUGAGAGGCAUGGCGAAUUUCAUUUUACGUCUUCCAGAUGAAUUCCCACUUCUCAUUCAAACUUCACUGGUACGCCUUCUGGAUCUCAUGAGGUUUUGGAGAGCUUGUCUAACUGAGGAAAAGUUAGAACGUGAUGCUCUGGACUCGAAGCGCUUACAAAGAAAUGAGGGGUUAAAGAGAUCAUCCUUUCGUCAGUCUCAAGAGGCAAUUGAAUUUCGUGCUUCAGAGAUAGAUGCAGUUGGUCUUAUAUUCCUCAGCUCUGUUGAUAGUCAGAUACGGCAUACUGCUUUGGAGUUGCUGCGUUACGUGCGUGCAUUGCGUCAUGAUAUACGGGAGCUUUCCAUGCCGGAGCGACCUGAUCAUAUCUUGAAAAGUGAAGCUGAACCAAUAUUUAUAAUUGAUGUUCUGGAAGAGAAUGGGGAUGAUAUUGUGCAGAGCUGUUAUUGGGACUCUGGUCGUCCUUUUGAUCUGAAACGAGAGUCUGAUGUUGUACCUCCGGAUGCAACUCUGCAGUCUAUAUUAUUUGAGAGUCCUGACAAAAACAGAUGGGCUCGAUGCCUAAGCGAGAUUGUCAAAUAUGCUGCUGAACUAUGUCCUAGCUCUGUUCAGGAAGCAAAAUUAGAGGUAAUCCAACGCCUGGCUUAUAUCACACCAGCAGAGUUGGGUGGAAAGGCUCAUCAGUCACAAGAUACAGACAAUAAGUUGGAUCAAUGGCUCAUGUAUGCUAUGUUUGCAUGCUCAUGUCCACUUGAUGGUCGGGAAGGCGGUGGCUCAGCAGCAACGAAAGAAUUGUUCCAUCUGAUCUUUCCUUCCCUCAAAUCUGGUUCUGAAUCAAAUGUACAUGCGGCUACCAUGGCACUUGGCCACUCACACUUGGAUAUAUGCGAAAUAAUGUUUAGUGAGCUUGCUUCUUUUAUAGAUGAGGUGUCUAUGGAAACGGAGGGAAAACCAAAGUGGAAGAGUCAAAAGUCCCGCCGAGAAGAGCUUCGAAUCCAUAUUUCAAACAUAUACCGCACAGUUGCUGAAAAGAUAUGGCCAGGAAUGUUAGGUCGCAAACCAGUUUUUCGUCUUCAUUACUUGAAGUUCAUUGAAGAAACAACAAGACAGAUUUUGACGGCAUCUACUGAGAAUUUUCAAGAAACGCAGCCUCUCCGAUAUGCACUUGCUACUGUUCUGAGAUUUUUAGCUCCUGAAUUUGUUGAUUCAAAGUCAGAGAAAUUUGAUAUUAGAACUAGAAAGAGACUAUUUGACCUCCUACUCAGCUGGGGUGAUGACACUGGUGGCACUUGGAACCAGGAUGGUGUUAGUGAUUAUCGACGUGAAGUUGAACGCUACAAGUCCAAUCAGCACUCACGUUCCAAAGACUCGGUUGAUAAGAUUUCAUUUGAUAAAGAAUUGAGUGAACAAGUUGAAGCCAUACAAUGGGCUUCUAUGAAUGCGAUGGCCUCUCUGUUGUAUGGGCCUUGCUUUGAUGAUAAUGCGAGAAAGAUGAGUGGCAGGGUAAUUUCCUGGAUUAACAGCUUAUUUAAUGAGCCUGCACCCAGAGCACCAUUCGGCUUUUCCCCUUCUGAUCCUAGAACCCCAUCUUAUUCAAAGUAUACUGGGGAUGGUAUGCGUGGAGCAAAUACCCGUGAUCGACAUAGAGGUGGUCAUCAUCGAGUUUCCCUGGCAAAACUUGCUCUGAAAAAUCUUCUCCUCACCAAUUUAGACCUAUUUCCUGCCUGCAUUGAUCAGUGCUACUAUUCUGAUGCGUCGAUAGCUGACGGCUACUUCAGUGUUCUAGCUGAAGUCUACAUGCGUCAAGAGAUACCAAAAUGUGAAAUCCAGAGGCUUCUGAGUCUGAUUCUAUACAAAGUAGUGGAUCCAUCACGACAAAUUCGUGAUGAUGCACUUCAAAUGCUUGAGACAUUAUCUGUCCGCGAGUGGGCCGAGGAUGGUGUUGAAUCCUCAGGAAGCUAUCGGGCUGCUGUUGUUGGAAACCUUCCCGACUCUUAUCAACAGUUCCAGUACAAACUUUCUUGCAAACUUGCCAAAGAUCAUCCUGAGCUGAGUCAACUUCUUUGUGAAGAGAUAAUGCAGAGGCAACUUGACGCCGUAGACAUCAUUGCACAGCAUCAAGUUUUGACGUGCAUGGCUCCAUGGAUCGAGAAUCUCAAUUUCUGGAAGCUGAAGGAUUCUGGAUGGAGCGAAAGAUUGUUGAAAAGCCUUUACUAUGUAACAUGGCGCCAUGGAGACCAAUUUCCCGAUGAAAUUGAGAAGUUGUGGAGCACAAUAGCUAGCAAGCCGAGGAACAUUAGUCCCGUACUGGAUUUCUUGAUAACUAAAGGAAUUGAAGAUUGCGAUUCGAAUGCAUCAGCAGAAAUAAGUGGAGCAUUUGCGACAUACUUCUCUGUCGCCAAAAGGGUCAGUUUAUAUUUAGCUCGAAUCUGCCCACAACGAACGAUUGAUCACUUGGUUUACCAAUUAGCUCAGCGAAUGCUUGAAGAUACUGCUGAACUGUUGAGACCUACCGCCAGUAAGGGCGACCCUGGAGGCGGCCUUGUCUUGGAAUUUUCUCAGGCACCUGCAAUCGCCCAAAUUGCAUCUAUCGUGGACAGCCAGCCUCACAUGUCUCCUUUACUAGUCCGAGGAUCGCUUGACGGACCAUUGCGGAACACCAGUGGGAGCUUAAGCUGGAGAACAGCUGCCGUUGGCGGGAGAAGUGCUUCGGGUCCGCUGACUCCUAUGGCUCCAGAACUUAACAUCGUUCCUGUGUCUGCCGGUCGCUCUGGCCAGCUUUUACCAGCGUUGGUUAACAUGUCUGGCCCGUUAAUGGGGGUGCGGAGUUCGACUGGAAGCUUGCGAAGCCGCCAUGUAUCUCGAGACAGUGGAGAUUACCUUAUCGACACUCCUAAUUCUGGGGAAGAGGGGCUGCACGUAGGGAUUGGAACUCACGGUAUCAACGCCAAAGAGCUUCAGUCGGCUUUGCAGGGCCAUCAGCAGCACUCGUUGACGCAAGCAGACAUUGCCCUGAUUCUACUCGCUGAAAUUGCGUACGAGAACGAUGAGGAUUUCCGGGAGCACUUGCCGCUGCUAUUUCAUGUCACGUUUGUCUCAAUGGACAGUUCGGAGGAUAUUGUGCUCGAACACUGCCAGCACCUAUUGGUUAAUCUUCUCUAUUCGCUCGCCGGUCGGCACUUAGAGCUGUAUGACGUUGAGAAUAGCGACGGAGAGAAUAAACAGCAGGUUGUGAGUCUGAUCAAAUAUGUCCAGUCGAAAAGAGGCAGUAUGAUGUGGGAGAAUGAGGACCCUUCACUCUUCCGGCCAGAGCUGCCGAGUGCGGCACUUUUAUCUGCUCUUGUGCAGAGCAUGGUCGAUGCCAUCUUUUUCCAGGGCGAUCUUAGAGAAACCUGGGGAGCCGAGGCACUUAAAUGGGCUAUGGAAUGCACGUCGAGACACCUCGCAUGUCGAUCCCACCAAAUAUACCGUGCGCUUAGGCCCCGUGUAACCAACGACGCGUGCGUAUCUCUCCUCCGAUGCCUGCAUAGAUGCCUCGGUAAUCCCGUGCCUUCGGUUUUGGGUUUCGUUAUGGAAAUUCUGUUGACGUUGCAGGUGAUGGUGGAAAAUAUGGAACCGGAGAAAGUAAUACUCUAUCCGCAGCUCUUCUGGGGCUGUAUAGCGAUGAUGCACACCGAUUUCAUCCAUGUGUACUGCCAGGUGCUCGAGCUUUUCUCUAGAGUCAUCGAUCGACUAUCGUUCCGCGAUACUACGACGGAGAAUGUCCUCCUUUCUAGCAUGCCGAGGGACGAGCUUGACACGCAUGGUUCGGAUAGUUCUGAAUAUCAUCAUAUCAGUACCAGGAGCAUUGCUGAAACGUCGACGUCGUCUUCGAAGGUACCUACAUUCGAAGGAGUGCAGCCUCUUGUGCUUAAAGGGCUUAUGUCGACGGUCAGUCACGGAGUUUCGAUCGAGGUUCUUUCGCGGAUAACCGUACCUUCCUGCGAUUCGAUAUUCGGGGCUGCCGACACGCGUCUCUUGAUGCACAUCACGGGAUUACUCCCCUGGCUUUGCCUACAGCUUUGCCAGGAGUCGGGUUUGUUACCGACGUCCCCUCUAGAACUGCAGUACCAGAAAGCGUGUACCGUUGCGACAAACAUCGCGAUCUGGUGCCGAGCGAAAUCCCUCGACGAGCUCGCGACGGUAUUCAUCGCCUACUCUAAUGGAGAGAUCAAAACCAUCGAGAAUCUCCUCGCCUGCGUCUCCCCGUUGUUGUGCAACGAGUGGUUCCCGAAACACUCGGCGCUGGCGUUCGGUCACCUCCUCCGGCUUCUCGAAAGAGGCCCGGUCGAAUACCAGCGCGUCAUUCUCCUCAUGCUGAAAGCUCUUCUUCAGCACACCCCCGUCGACGCAGCUCAGAGUCCGCACAUGUACGCCAUCGUCUCCCAGCUCGUCGAGAGCACCCUCUGCUGGGAAGCUCUCAGCGUCCUCGAAGCACUCCUGCAAAGCUGCAGCCCGUUGCCUGGUUCCCACCCGCUCGACCCCGGAUCUUUCGAGAACGGAUUCAGUGCGACGGACGAUAAGAUUCUCGCCGCUCAGACCUCCUUCAAGGCUCGAAGCGGGCCUCUGCAGUUUGCAGCCGCACUUGGGUAUGUAACGGGGUUUAACACACCCGGGCCGGCCAAUCCGGUCGAGUCUGGCGCGUCGCAGAAAGAGGUAGCUCUGCAGAACACUCGGCUGAUGCUGGGGCGAGUUCUUGACAAUUGCGUGCUUGGCAGGCGACGGGAUUAUCGGAGGCUGGUUCCCUUUGUGACGACCAUCGGAAACCCGUAAAAACGGUACCUUCCCUCCUCCUCUUCCGGUUAGUUUUACAGUUUUUUUUUACCUGUCUGAUAGAUAGUUUUAUUUGAUAAUCUACUGGAGGCUUGGCUGUUGAAUGUGUAAAUAGGUAUAUUACAUUUUAUAGGUUUGUGGUGUUAUUGUUAUUAUCAAAAAAUUUUUGAUCAA